GAGUGCAGGUGACCACAGCAGACCAAGUGGACUUGCUGGGCUGGAACGCAGGGGGCGAGGAUCCCAGAUUCUGGGCCAGUAGGACUCAGAGUGACUCGGAGUCACUUACGCUCAGUGAAAAAGGCACGUUGUUCCUGACACCUGCCUUACUAGCACCUAGAUAUUUCGGGACUCGCGUCCAGGUGUCCCUUGAUCAGCGCUGGGCUGUGGCGAUGACCGAUGACCGCAGAGUGCGCGACCGGGUCCUGUCCCAGGUGGGCAAAGGCCGCACGGAACUGAAAGCUCUCCGUGAGUCAGCGAGCUUCGAGGAGGCCGGCCUGCGAGGCGCCGCCCCUGGGUGGGGACCCGAGUCACCCGGGGUUCAGCCCUGGCGAAAUCGCCUGCCUUGCUCACUUCCCGGGCUGGACGGUCUGGAUCCCGCAGACUUCAGGCGCGAUCCAUGGCCUGCGGGGCGGCAGAGCGGGGCCCUGAGCCCCCGGCCUUCCAGCGCCAUCUGGAAGCCAGCACACAGCGCUUGGCCCACGGCUACGGCUUGCGCAGCAUGAGCGAGCUGCGGGACCAGGAGUUUGGCCGCCUAGCAGGAACUGUCUACCUUGACCAUGCAGGAGCCACCUUGUUCCCCCAGAGCCAGCUCACAAACUUCACUAAGGAUCUCAUGGAAAAUGUCUAUGGUAACCCUCACAGCCAGAACAUCACCAGCAAACUCACCCACGACACUGUGGAGCAGGUCCGCUACAGGAUCCUGACUCACUUUCACACCACCCCAGAGGACUACAUCGUGAUCUUCACAGCUGGGAGUACAGCUGCUCUCAGGCUAGUGGCAGAGGCGUUUCCGUGGGUGUCCCGGAGCCCAGAGAACAGUGGGAGUCACUUCUGCUACCUCACUGACAACCACACCUCUGUGGUGGGAAUGAGGAAGGUGGCUGCAGCCAUGAGUGUCACAUCUAUCCCAGUCAAGCCAGAGGACAUGUGGUCAGCGGAGGGAAAGGAUGCUGGAGCCUGUGACCCCGACUGUCAGCUUCCACACCUCUUCUGUUACCCAGCUCAGAGUAACUUUUCGGGCACCAGAUACCCAUUGUCAUGGGUAGAGGAGGUCAAGUCUGGGCGGAGGAGCCCUGUGAAUGCACCGGGGAAGUGGUUUGUGCUGCUGGAUGCAGCCUCCUAUGUCAGCACUUCCCCCUUGGAUCUGUCAGCUCACCAGGCUGACUUCAUCCCCAUCUCCUUCUAUAAGAUCUUUGGGCUCCCCACAGGCCUGGGUGCUCUGCUAGUCAAUAAGCACGUGGCUCCUCUCUUGAGGAAAGGCUACUUCGGAGGAGGGACUGCAGCUGCCUACCUUGCAGGAGAGGACUUUUACGUCCCAAGGUCAUCGGUGGCAGAAAGGUUCGAAGAUGGCACCAUCUCAUUCCUCGAUGUAAUAGCGCUGAAGCAUGGAUUUGAUGCUCUGGAGCACCUCACAGGCGGCAUGGUGAACAUACAGCAGCACACCUUCGCUCUGGUGCAGUACACUCACUCUGCCCUGUCUUCCCUCCGCUACCUCAACGGGGCCCCUGUGGUGCGCAUUUACAGCGAUUCUGAGUUCAGCAGCCCUGAUGUCCAGGGUCCAAUCAUCAAUUUUAAUGUGUUGGAUGAUGGUGGGAAGAUCAUUGGCUACUCCCAGGUGGACAAAAUGGCUAGCCUGUACAACAUCCACCUGAGGACUGGCUGCUUCUGUAACUUAGGGGCCUGCCAGAGGCACCUGGGGCUAAGUGACGAGAUGGUGAAGAAACAUUUUCAGGCGGGUCAUGUCUGUGGGGAUGAUGUUGACAUUAUAGAUGGACGACCCACCGGCUCUGUGAGGAUUUCCUUUGGAUACAUGUCCACACUAGAAGAUGCCCAGGCCUUUCUGAGGUUCAUCAGUACUAUCUACCUCCGCUCACCCAGUGACCAGCCUGUUCCUCAAGCCAGCAUCAGUGAUGCUGGGGCCUUAACCUCGAAGAGUGACUGUCACUCACCUCAGGAAGGUUCCUGUACAGACCCUUCAGUUUGCAAUGGCUCCUAUCCUGACACAAACAUCAUGGACUUGCACCCGUCUCUGAGCAAAGCCAGCAGCGCCCAGCAGACCCCUCAAGACAAAGCUGCAGGAAUCCUGAAUGGGGACCCGGGGUCCCACAUUGUCACCAACAUUUACCUCUACCCCAUCAAAUCCUGUGCUGCGUUUGAGGUGACCAAGUGGCCUGUGGGGAGCCAAGGGCUGCUGUAUGACCGGAGCUGGAUGGUUGUGAAUCACAAUGGCAUUUGCAUGAGUCAGAAGCAGGAGCCACGGCUCUGCCUGAUCCAGCCCUUCAUUGACCUGCAGCAGAGGAUCAUGGUCAUCAAAGCAGAAGGGAUGGAGCCUAUCCAGGUGCCUCUUGAGGAGGAUGGAGAACAGACUCAGAUUUGUCAAAGCAGAGUGUGUGCUGACAGGGUAAAUACUUAUGAUUGUGGAGAAAAUGUUUCAAGAUGGCUGUCAAAGUUUCUUGGCCGUCUAUGUCAUUUAAUCAAGCAAAGUCCACACUUCCAGCGAAAUGCCAGGAAGACGCCUAAAAAAGGUCAGCCUCCCGGUACUACUGUUGCCCUGUCCUUGGUGAACGAGGCUCAGUAUCUGCUGGUGAACACAUCAAGUAUUCUGGAGCUUCAGCGGCAGUUAAAUGCCAGGGUCUCUCACUGAACCUAGGGCUCACAGAUCAGGCUAGACCUGCUGACUAUCAAGCCCCAGGGAUCUUUCUGACUCCACCUCUCCAGCACUAGGAUGAUCAGUGGGUGCCACUGAGCAAGGGUUUGCAUGUGAGUGCUGGGGACUGAACUGUUUCUCAUGUGUGUGCAUUAUUUUACCGUGUGAGCCCCUCCCUCUGUUUCUGUCAAUCAUUCCCAGGACUCUCGUUUACAGCCUGUGUCAACCCCCCCCCCCCCCUGUUGCUGUAGCAAAUGUUUUGGGCUAUCACCCUGUAAAUCGGAAUGCACCGAUUCUGAGACAUCAGUCAUGAUUGGUGGCCCUGUUGCUUUGGGCCCAUGUGGCACAUCCCAGCAGGAGUACAUGGUGAGAUAAUGAAGAAGAGCUGGGGGACACCCACAGUUCCCUUUGAAGACAUGUCUCCAGUGACUCACAUACCUCCUGGUGGUGCCACCUCUUAAAUUUUUUUUUACCAAUUCUAUUGGUAUAAUGAUGGGGAUCCAGUCUCUACCAUGGGCCUGUGAAGACAUUUAAGGUCAAGACUUUAUAGUGUGCUCCAUGGUCUUUCUUGAUAUUCUCAUAAAACACAGAGAACCCCUGGCUCUGGCUUUAAUUAUUCUAUUUCUACUCCUUGUUUUAAUUUGUCACCAGCUUGACCUAAUUUCAUUGCCCACCCUCCUACUGUCUCCUGCCUCUUAGGAUUCCUGCCCUACUUCAUACAAGGAGUGCUUAUAAAACCUUUUGGAAUGUGAUUACAGGCAGGUUUUGUUUGUCAGUUACACCUUCAGACACAGCCAGUGUCUCUGGGUGCUCCCUGCCCCCUACAGCUCUCCUGAGGGUACAGAUGCGGUUAGGAUACCAGCUCAACUCUAGGAAGUUCUGACCACACCAACUCCUCAUUUUUCCUUAGAGGAAACUAAAAUCUGGUAACCAGGGAAUUAAUUAGGGACAGUCAUCCAACUGUCCCAUCAGGCCAUGGUGGGCACAGGCUCCUCAUUCCUCAUUCUCAGGCCAGAAAGGUAGGUACACGCUCCUGGGACACUUUUAUUCCGUGUGCCAUGUAGACUUCUGCACACCUGUUCAUACCUUAAGCAGCAACACACAGCUGAAAGGAGGCCAUGGGACGCUCCUUGACUUUUACUCAAGAUUGGCUGUUGGGGUUUCUAGUGUUCCGGGAGCACACACUCUGGGGUUCCCUGGCCAUGGACCAGUUUAUCUUCCUCAGGUGUGGAAUUGUGACACAGCUUUGAGGUUUCUGGUGUUCUGAAUUUCCCAGCAUCAAGGAACAGUCUCUCCAACACGCAGAACGAGGGGUAAUGAAUCUGACCUUUUCUGGGUCUGUAAUGUGGAGGCUAGAGAAGACAGGCUUGCUGUAACCCUGGUUCCCACCAGCGGGGAAUAUGUUUCCCACCAGCGGGUUUUGAGCAGGGCUGAGCAGCCCCAGUGAUGUCAUAGGCAAGAGACUCUGAGCAGGGCUUGGCGGUUUUUUUUCCCUCAGUGUUCUAGAUGCAGAUUGAUGGGCUCCCCCAUUUGCAUGGUAACACAAUAGGUUUCAGACAAGAAGCCUUCCUUUUUACAAAACACAAAGGAGCUUGUAACAGCUUUGAGAGUAAAUCCUGAAUCAAAGGACUAAAAACUGCAGUACCCUCAGGUUGCCAGAGGUGCAGUGAAGCUAGACUUGGAUCUCCCAGUCCCUGGCUCCUAGGUGACCACUGUCAUUUAGAAGGGAUUCACACCCUUAGCCCCUCUACACCAACCCACAGAAUUCCAGCUCUACCCCCAGAGCAUAUUCUAUCAUGGUUAGUGAACGUCUCCUGCCCCUUCCCAGCAUAUACCAACUUAGAAUUUCUAGAAUUUGUUCAAACUAUGCAAAGUGCAAAAAAGCCCUAAGCCUAACAGUGAAGUUUUACAGGUUUGUGCAUCCACGUAACCCCAGAUCAAGUAGGGAUCACAUCCCACUUAUACCUCAUCCGAGCCAACCCGACUGAAGUCAUCCUUAUUUAGAUCUCUUUCCCUGUGAAUAGUUUCACGCACACUUUGAUGGAACAGAGUGUGCGCUCCUGGGCUGGGGGAAGUUUUUAGAGCUGUUUGAGUGUAUUCCUCUGAACGGACUGGGGUGUAUGGAAACACAGAAAGUCAUUUUGUAUGAGUAAACAAAACUCUCAAACAGGAAUUAUACAAGCUGGGCCUGGUGAUGCAUGGCUAUAAUCAUAGCACUUGGGGUGCUGAGGCAGGAGGAUUGUGUAUAGGGAGAUCCUGUCUCAUCAAAUAACCAAAGAAUCUUAUCCUCUAUGGUUUGUUUUGUUUUUUUUUAUUUCGAGACAG